ACUGGCUAUAUUAUAUUUCUCAUUUGGCUGGAACCAAAACCAACAAACACCGUCAGUCAAAUUGACAACGUUAGACUUGAAAACACCCUCGGUUUCAUAUUUCAUUCAUCUCAACGUCACAUUCACACGCAUCACUUCAUCGCCACCAUUCCUUUUUUAUGUGGUGAUUCCUCUCCAAACCCAUUGCCUCUUCCAAACUCUCAUUAUCCCUUCCCAUCCACCAAUACUAUUACUCCCUCGCCACCGCCAUUGGCCCCAUCAUCCAACGCCGUCGUUUAGCAUCUCCCACACACCCCUUAUCCUUUUCUCCCUCUCAUUCUUCGCCAAAUUUCUCAUUUUUUCUUCUCCUCAAAUAUUCUGCACCCCCUUUAACUUUUCUUAGGAGCUGAAAAGGGUUUGCCUUUGGGGGUGCCCUUCUACUUUUUUUUCUUUUUUUUCUUUUUCCCUUUUUUUCCCCCUUUGUUGUUAUGGCUUUGUCACUGUCUUUUUAUGAUAUGUUGGAAAACCCUGCAAUAUUGGGUUGGUGCACCGCUAUUGGAAUGUUUUUUAGUCCUCUUUGGGUAGCAUUUUUCGUUGGGGUUGUAGUGGGAUGGUUGUGGAAACCUGAAUGGGCGAGGUUGGGGAAGAGAAAGUUAACUACUUCCCUUGCAAAAUCCUUGGAUUUUGCUUCACCCUCCUCGGCUUCUUCGCCUUCAAAGUCUAUAGCGUCUCCUAUGAAGACUUGUUCUUCCUCUCCUUGCCUUAAUUCCAUUAAAAUGCAAACUCCAAACCUAGAAUCUUUGGCCCUCAAAAAAGGGGUGGAUAAAAAGGCUUCCUCAUCUUCCUCACCCGUCAAAUUCGCAAGUUCUGUCAGUUCACCCAAAUCCAGCGAGGAAACAUCUGAUGCUGUGACAAUGGCGGAUUUACAUCAUCUAUGGCAGCUUGUGGAAGAGAAAGAUGGAGGCCUUCCUUGGAUACAGAUGAUGGAUCGUUCUACCCCUUCCAUGAGUUACAAAGCGUGGCGUAGAGAGCCAAAGGAUGGUCCUCCCCAAUAUAGAAGCAGUACUAUUUUUGAGGAUGCUACUCCUGAGAUAGUAAGGGACUUGUUUUGGGAUGAUGAGUUUCGACCUAGAUGGGAUGACAUGCUUGCAAACUCCUCAACUAUUGAAGAGUGUCCCACUACUGGUAUCAUGAAAGUGCAGUGGAUACGGAAGUUUCCCUUUUUCUGUAAAGAUAGAGAAUAUAUAAUUGGUCGGAGAAUAUGGGAAUCUGGAAGACAUUACUAUUGUGUGACCAAGGGAGUAGAUUGUCCUUCAAUGCCCAAAAGAGAUAAACCUAGACGUGUUGAUGUGUAUUACUCUAGUUGGUGCAUUAGAGCAGUGGAGUCAAAGAGAGGUACUGGUCAGUUAACUGCCUGUGAAGUUUUACUCUUCCAUCAUGAAGAAAUGGGCAUUCCAUGGGAAAUUGCAAAGCUUGGAGUAAGGAAAGGAAUGUGGGGAACUGUUCAGAAGAUUGAGCCUGGUUUGCGAGCCUAUCAAGAAGCAAGAGCUUCUGGUGCAGCACUCUCUCAUUCAGCCUUUAUGGCCCAAGUUAACACAAAAAUAAGUCCUGAAUACCUUCAAUCCAUUGGAGCUGAUGACAAUUCAGGGGAGAAUGAAAGUGUUGUUGCUUCUGAGAAACCACAGGGAUUGAACGUACCCAAGAUGCUAGUCAUUGGUGGUGCUAUUGCUCUUGCUUGUAGUCUUGAUAGGGGACUGGUGACCAAGUAUGUUCUAUUUGGUGUUGCUAGAAGAUUUGCCAAUAUAGGAAAAAGAUAGUUAAAAAUAGAGGUGGAGCAUUGUCUUGAAUGCCAUUCUUUUGAACGAUCCACAUUAGUAUUACCCUUUGUAGUUGUGUUAUUAUGACUUGAAAAUUUAGAGGUUCUUUUGUGGACGAAAUAAUAUACUACAAAAAUAAAAUCAAGUGUAAUGAGAAAGUUCCGGGUUGGUGGAGGGAGGGAGUAGUUGAAGUUUUUUUUUAACUUUCUUUUCUUGGACCAUGAAUAGUCGUUGGUCAAGACCAUAGAAUUUCAAGGCUGUGUAUGGUUGUAUAAACUCGGUAGCAAUUAAAAGGAACAAAUAGUCUAUUAACUUUUAUCAGUUAAUCCUUUAUUCUUCUGUUAUCAAGAACAAAUAGGCUGUGUAUGGUUUGUAUAAAUUCAGUAGUAUUAUUAGAAAUGUUGGCACCAUGCGUUUAUCGGUC